AAGACGCCGGCGUGCUGCGCGGUGGCGCCGCCGCCGCCGGGCGUGCGCGAGCUGCUGAAGAAGGUGCCGGACGAGGUGGCGGAAAAGUUUUACGGCUGCGGCAGCCCCACCCCCAACGGCAUCCAGGGCCUGAGGCAAGCGGUGCUGGACCUGGGGUGCGGCAGCGGCCGCGACUGCUACGUGUGCGCUGGGCUGGUGGGGGAGGCGGGUAGCGUGACGGGCGUGGACAUGACGCCGUCGAUGCUGGAGGUGGCCCGCAAGCAUGCCGAUGAGUUCUGCACCAAGACGCUGGGCUACAGCCGCACCAACAUGCGGUUUGUGGAGGGCCAGAUUGAGAAGCUGGGGGAGGCAGGGAUCCAGGCAGGCAGUGUGGACCUCAUCAUCUCCAACUGCGUGGUCAACCUGUCCCCGGACAAGCCGGCGGUACUGCGGGAGGCAUACCGCGCGCUGGCCGAGGGCGGGGAGGUGUACUUCAGCGAUGUGUACUGCAACAGGCGGCUGCCGGAGGAGAUCCGCACCCACCCUGUGCUGCUGGGCGAGUGCCUGGGCGGGGCGAUGUACGAGCGCGACUUUGCCCGCAUCUGCCGUGAGGCGGGGUUCCUGGCGCCGCAGCGCCUCACCGCUCGCCCCUUCCAGGCAGGGCUGCGUGCCGCUGUCAGCGACCCCGAGCUGCGGGAGAUGCUGGGCGGCGCUGGCUUCAGCAGUGUGACAUACAGGCUGUUCAAGCUGCCCGAGGGGCUGCUGGAGGAGGGUCGGGAGGACUAUGGGCAGGCAGCGCGCUACCUGGGCGCGCUGCCUGGGCACAAGCUGUCCUAUGCGCUAGACGGAGAGCAGGAGCUGGAGGCGGGCAAGUGGCAUGCAGUGUGCGGCAACACAGCCGCCAUCUUGCAGCACGGCUGGCUGUCCCGCCACUUCCAGGUCAUCGGCGACAGCACCAACCACUUUGGACCCUUCCUGCCCCUCGGCGGCACCCAGCUGGCAGGGCCUGCCUCCGCCGCGGAUGCCCCU